AUGGUAGUUGUCAAAAUAAUUGUCCUAAGUGUCUUAGGUAGAGGGACUCUUAAACACUUACUGUCAAGAGGUGCUCUCACAGUUGGCCUUGUGCGACAGUGUCAAACCAUCCAUGGACGUGACAGGACCUGUAUUCCUCCACGGCUGCCUCCUGAGUGGGUCACUACGUUAUUUUUCAUCAUAAUGGGAAUCAUUUCACUAACUGUCACAUGUGGUUUGCUGGUGGCUUCCCACUGGCGAAGAGAAGCUACUAAAUAUGCCCGCUGGAUAGCUUUCACUGGAAUGAUUCUAUUCUGUAUGGCAGCCCUAAUAUUUCCAAUAGGAUUUUACAUCAGUGAAGUCGGAGGUCAACCAUAUAAAUUACCCAAUAACACAGUGGUUGGGUCUUCGUAUGUACUGUUUGUCUUAUCCAUUUUCUUUACAAUAGUUGGACUUCUGUUUGCUGGCAAAGUUUGUUUACCUGGCUGAUGAAUGUUGGACUGCGGGACUUUGUUUUGGAAAAGAGCAAGACAUCAGAAUUGCAUUCUCAGGAGGAUGCCUAGAUGUGACUAUCAAACACUCACUGAAAAGAGGAAUGCUUUGACUUUUUUUCACUAUGCACUUUGGAUUAAAAAAAAGGAGAGCCUUUCCCAUAACCAAAUACAGACACCGUUGACUAAUCUCCUGAGCAUAUGUAAUGCAGUCAGGUCUGCACUGUGAUAGGAACUAGUGAAGAAUGCUUUACACUGAGAAGCAUAAUUCCCCAUGUUACUGUACUGUUCUAGUUUUUAAUGUCUAAUGAUUUGGAAGUCAAAGUAUUUAUGAACCUUGUGGUAGACCAGAGGGUUGCAGAGAAAUGCAAGCGAGGCUGGCCUCGCUGUGUAGGAGAUUAGUAUUUUACAUCCUCUGUCUCAUGAGCAAAGCCUUUGGCACCAGUAUGGAUCAGUCUUUCGUUGCUGCACCAAGAAGCCAAUAGAGCAAACGUUCUCUAAAAUGUAUGUAUCAUCAAGAAGACAUACAUCCCCUUCUCCCCCAUAAGCUGUAGAAAAACACUAAAGAACAUUUUAGAGGGGGAUUUCUUCCUUAUAUUUAUAUAAAUAUAUAUAUAAAUAUAUAUAUAUUUUGCUGAUGCAGUAUACAGUGUGUGUGUAUGUGUGCGUGUGUAUAUACACAUAUAUGUAUAUAUUUGUAUAUACACACAAAUGGUUCCUGGAAGAGAACUCAGAACGCUUUGCUAGCAAAACACUGUGGUGUGCAAAACUAGAACUCAAUAGAAAAAAAAGCCAUUUCUCUGAAGGCCACAUAGCUGAGAGUCUUCAGUUUACCUCAUUCUUUGUAGCAGCCCUUGAUUUUAACAGUUUUUGUAUUAGGUACAAACGAUCCCAUGCCUUCUUAGGUGCAAUUUUAAGUUAAGCUAAAAUUCUUUUUAUGGUAAUUUAUUUGUAUAUGAGGGUGGAAGGUGAGAUCAUGUCAUACCUUAAAGUUAAAAUUCUAAUUUUGGGAAACUGACACUAUUUAAAUUAUUAGCAACUGUUGUACAGAUAGUCUCUUUUUCUACUGCAUUGUUGUAUUAACAGUCAUUUGUGUUCAAACAUAGCAGUUUACCAUAGAUGAGCAUUUCUGUAGCACAGGUAAAAUGUAAUAUUUAAAGUAAUGCAAACACUAUUUCACUGCAAAGAUGGAUGGACUUAUUCACCUUUACAAAAAGAAAAAAAAAGAAAAAAAAAAAGAGCAAUAUCAUUGAGCAUAUGCCUCAUUUACUAAAGUGAUUAUAAAUGCAGAUUUAAGGGCCAACCAGAUUUAAAGUAAAUGUUCCUCACAAAAAAGCAGUUUUACUUUUCAACACAGAAAAAAAUCUUUGGCUCCGUGGGUGUUAUCAUACUUUACUACUCAGUCUACCUAGCAUACUUUACUACUCAGUCUGUUAGUGUCCCAGGAAGGCUGCCUGCACUCCCAGUAUCUGCUUGCCAGUUAAUCCAUGAUUUACCAAAAUAAUCACUUAUCAGAUAAGCUUAAGGGUUUGAAGAUAAGACAUUCUGUUCAAUUCUUUUAAACUGUGUACCAGUCAGUUCCUGCAGGAUUCCUGUUCUAGCAUUUCUCCCUGAUUCUGCUGAAUUAAACAGUUCAUAGUUCAUAUUUUGAUGUUCUUGAACAAACUUAUCAUUCUAACAGUCUAUGAGUGACUUUUUUUUCCCUUACAAGUAUAAGUGUUCAUAGAAUACUAAAUUUUUCCGAAGUACUCUAACCUGUAAAUACAGUCAGGCCCCAGCUAUUUGUAAAUGAUUUGGUUCCUAACUUAAGCCUUUAUCGGUAUGAAUGUUCUAAUUCCUUCCAGUGAUAUUGGAGGAAAGAUCAUAGAAUCAUAGAAUAGAUAUAUUAAAGAAAAUAAAUUAUGAAGAUAGAUAUAUUAAUGAAAGAUAAAAUGUCAGGUUAAGCUGCUGAAUAUGUCUAAAUUUUCAGCAUUACUGUGUAUUUAACCAAAGCUGAAGUAUUUGCUCGAACUUAGACUUGAAUUGUGACAAAGGAAAGCUCUUCUGUUUUCAGAAAUAUCACUUUUGUAAAUAGUUCUAGGUUCUUGUAACUGGAACACAGAGGGUGGAAGAGUUUCUUGGCUGCCAAGAUGCCACCCUUCGCCUACUUAUUUCAGGUAUAGUAACAUUGUGUAUGCAGUGGAUUUUGGCUUCAGUUAAAUGGAUCAUCAUAUAAUGAAAAAAUACAAAUACUGUUCUUGAAGCAUAGCCAGACUGUGGCAGGCUGGCUGGAAAUUGAUCUGAUCUGCCAAUGCUGUUGCUAUGAAUUAUUAAAUAACAGAUGUAACCAGCCAGCUGUUUUUAUUCAUAAUUGGAGAUUUCAAGUCCAGAAAUAGAUACAGCCAUCUGUAUUAAAAAUAAAAUGAUUCUAUCAGUAAAUGAAGAGACAGCUGUCAACAGUUGCUUUUAAUAACGUCACUAAGUACUAUAUAGUACAGUAUUAAUUUAUAGCAGAAAAUCAUAUCUUGUAAACUGUAUAUAAAACACUGUUUUAUGGUGCAAUCAUUUGUCAAACUUUUGUCUGUUACUUUUGUUUGAAAGAUGUGUACAUUAUUCUUCAAUA